AUGGCGCCCGUGGGAAAAUCCGACCACGAUGAGGUUGAGAAACAACUCAAAGGAGCACUCCAAGAUCUAUACCAACUAAUGGUUCAAAUAAACACCUACGACUCCUCCUCAUCUCGGCCUACCAGAGCAGUGCUCGAAAACACUAUAAACAACUUCGCAUCCUCCCUCCGCACAAUCCAAGCCUCGUCCUCGCGGCCCCUACCCCACAUCCCCCCAGAGUUAAUCGACUACGUCGAUAACGGCCGGAAUCCAGAUAUCUAUACGCGCGAGUUCGUGGAGCUGGCGCGCAGGGGCAAUCAGCUUAUGAAGGGCAAGAUGGAGGCGUUUGGGGAUUUUAGGGAUGUGUUGGCUAGGGAGAUGGUGCAGGGCAUGCCGGAGUUGGAGGGGGAU